CGCAGUCAAACAUCUGCUGGAAAUCCAGGUAAACAUCUGCGUGCACGCGCAUGUCCGUAAUUAUCUCUAGAUGAUCCUUGACACCUGUUGAUACUCCAGACGAAGACUAUUCCAGAAAUGACAAUCUUUUGAAGGCUACGGAUGUUAAAACAAGAAGAAAGGGUAACCGAGAAAGGUUUAUUGAAAACGAAUAUGUUUCUGAAGGUCCUGCUGAACGAUUGAUUGUUUUCUCAAUCCAGUGCUGAUCAGAGGAGCGAGGAAAGGACUCUCUCUCUAAGAUGAGUCUCUCAGAGAAACACAGUGUAAGAUCAGGAUCACAUGUGUCCAGCUCUGUGUCUCUGAAGAGUGACCAUUCAAAAGAUGGAGUACCACCAAACCUCAGUGAGAAAACACCAUCAUCUAAUAAAAGUGGAAGAUCAGGAUCACAUGUGUCCAGCUCUGUGUCUCUGAAGAGUGAUCGGUCAAAAGAUGGAGUACCACCAAAGUUCAGUGGUGAAAAACCAUCAUCUAAUAAAAGGAACCACAAGAAUUUCAAAGACAAUCUCCUGUGGAUCUUCCAGGAUCUUGAGAGCAAAAUAAUCAAAUUUCUGAAGAAAGAGCUGAAUAAGUUUAAGAAAAUAUUACAAAAUGAGAACACACAAUACUUUGUGAAGGACUUUAAUGAGAAUAGAUGCAGUAUGAAAGCAGCAGCUCUUGAUCUCACACUACAUUACCUGAGAGAGAUGAAGCAAGAUGAAGCUGCUGAUGCUCUAGAAGAUGAGCUGUUCUUCAUUCAUCAGCUAAAAUGUGGCCUAAAGAAGUAUCAAUGUGUGUUUGAAGGAAUGGCGAAGCAUGGAGACUCCAUACUCCUGAAUAACAUCUACACAGAUCUCUAUAUCACUCAGGGUGGCAGUGAACAGGUCAAUACUGAACAUGAGGUCAGACAGAUUGAAGUUGCUUCCAGGCGUCAUGAAUCUCAAGAGAUUCAGGUUAAAUGCACACAUUUGUUUGAAGCUCCUGAACAAGACGAGGAGAUCCGAACUGUACUGACAAAAGGAGUCGCUGGCAUCGGAAAAUCAGUCUCUGUGCAAAAGUUUGUUCUGGACUGGGCUGAAGGAAAAGAAAAUCAAGAUUUCCGUUUCAUAUUUCCUCUUCCAUUCAGAGAGAUGAACUUAAAGGAGAAAGAAAAACUAAGUUUGAUGGACCUUAUAACUCAUUUUUUCCCAGAGACAAAAGGACUGAACCUUACAAGAAGGAAUCAAUUCAAAGUCCUGUUCAUCCUUGAUGGAUUGGACGAAUGUCGCCUUCCUCUGAAGUUUGAUUGUAAUGAGACGUGGAGUGAUGUAUCGUCACCAGCCUCUCUGGAUGUUCUCCUAACAAACCUCAUGAAGGGAAAUCUGCUUCGUUCUGCUCUCAUCUGGAUCACCACCAGACCAGCAGCUGCCAGUAAGAUUCCUCCUGACUGUAUCGACCGGCUGACAGAGAUACGAGGAUUCAGUGAUGCACAAAAGGAAGAGUACUUCAAUAAAAGAUUCACGGAUCAGAAUCAGGGCAACACAAUCAUUGAUCAUGUUAAAAAAUCAAAGAGUCUCUUUAUCAUGUGCCACAUCCCAGUCUUCUGCUGGAUUUCAGCCACUGUUCUCCAGAACAUUCUGGAGGAGAAAAGAAAUAAUGAUGUGAAAAACAAUCAGGCUGAUGAGAUCUCUAAAACACUACAGGAAUCAAAUACUGAAGACUCUCCCAAGACUCUGACACAAAUGUACACACACUUUCUCCGCUUUCAGAUCCAGCAGAGCCACCGAAAAUAUGAUGGAGAAUACACAGCAGAUGUUUCCUGGGAUAAAGAUGCCAUUUUUUCACUGGGGAAACUGGCAUUUCAUGAGCUGGAAAGAAACAACGUGAUCUUCUAUGACACAGACCUGGAAGCCUGUGGUAUUGACGUCUAUAAGGCAUCAGUGUACUCGGGCAUGUGUACCCAGAUCUUUAAGGAGGAAACAGGGAUCAUUCUUGGUACCAUGUACUGCUUUGUUCACUUGAGCAUUCAAGAGUUUAUUGCAGCCCUUUAUGCACAUCUGUUUCUAGACAUCAACAAGAAAAGUGUGUUUGUUCUUGAGUCUACAGAACAGGAAAACAAAAAUGAAACCAUGAUUGAUUUUCUGAAGACUGCAGUGGACGAGGCACUCGAGAGUGACAAUGGACACCUGGACCUUUUCCUUCGCUUCCUCCUCGGUCUGUCGCUCCAGUCCAAUCGACGACUCUUACGGGGUCUCUUGACACAGCAAGAUGGCAGUGACCAGAGCAGCAAGGAAAUAGUUCAGUACAUCAAGCAGAAAUUAGAAGAUAAUCUGUCUGCAGAGAGAUCCAUCAAUCUGUUCUACUGUCUGAAUGAACUGAACGACCAAACUCUGGUGAAGGAGAUUCAGACCCACCUUAGCAAAGGAAGUCUCUCAUCUGGUGACCUUUCACCUGCCCAGUGGUCUGCUUUGGUCUUUGUGUUGUUGACAUCAGAGGAAGAGCUGGAGGAGUUUGAGCUUCAGAAAUUCAAGAAAUCAGACGAGUGUCUCAUUAGAUUAUCGGCAGUCAUCAAAACCUCCAGAAGAGCGCUGUUAAAUGAUUGUAACUUAACAGACAAAAGCUGUUCAGUAUUGGCUGCAGUUCUUGGAUCAGAUUCAAAUGUGAAAGAGCUGAACAUGAACAAUAAUAAUCUGCAGGAUUCAGGAGUGAAGCUGCUCUGCACUGGACUGAAGAAUUUGAAUUGUAAAUUGGAGAUACUGAGGUUAAAUGAUUGUAACUUAACAGACAAAAGCUGUUCAGCUCUGGCUGCUGUUCUUGGAUCAGAUACCAAUUUGAAAGAGCUGAACAUGAACAAUAAUAAUCUACAGGAUUCAGGAGUGAAGCUGUUUUGCACUGGACUGAAGAAUUUCGAGUGUAAAUUGGAGAUACUGAGACUCUCUAACUGCAGUGUAACAGAAGAAGGUUAUAAAGCUCUGGCUUCAGCUCUGAGAUCAAACCCUUCACACCUGAUAGAGCUGGAUCUCACAGGAAAUGAUCCUGGACAAUCAGGAGUGAAGAAGCUCAAUGAUUUACUACAGGAUCCAAACUGUCAACUGAAGACACUGAGGUUUUUGAGUGCUGCUGCAGAUAAAGCCUGUCAGUAUGUGAAGAGAGUUGUGGGUAAAAACCCGUUACUCCUGAGAGAGCUGGAUCUGAGUAAACAUGAACUAAGAGACACACGAGUGAAUCAGAUCGCUGCUUUACUGCAGGAUAAACACUGUCGACUCAACACACUGAAUCUGUAUAGAUGCAGAAUUACAGAGAAUCAGUGUGUCAUCCUGACUUCAGCUCUGAAAUCAAACCCGUCACACCUGAGAGAGCUGAACCUGAGCUGGAAUCAACUAGAAAACUCAGGAGUGAAGCACUUAUGUGACAUACUGAAGGAUUCACACUGUAAACUGGAGAGAUUGAGUCUACAGCACUGUGGCAUUACAGAUGUUUCUUCUUUAACUCAGUCUUUGACUAACUCAAAAGCACUGCAGUUUUUAAAAGAGCUUGAUCUGAGAUUCAAUAUGAUAGGAGACUCAAAGCAGCGGCUCAGAGACGUGUUACGAGACUCAAACUGUGACCUGAGAGUAGAAGAUCAAUAUUACUUUGAACAAGUUAAAUUUCCAAACACCCCUGCUAGAGAUAAAUGGCAAAAAGGCUCUGAUGGAUGCUUCAUAUCAUAGUGUGAAAUCAUCACGAGAGGAGCAGAAAUCAUCAGGUGAUCCACAGAAGAGUGUCACUACUGUGUCUAUGAGGAGAAAUAAAUGUGUGAUUUAAUGUGUAAAUGUGUUUCAUACAGAUGGAAGAGACUCAGACUUUACAAUGAAAUAAAGCAGCAUGUGUGUUAGAAACGUGAUAUUGGAUGAUUAAUGUUGCUUUAGUAUUCAGACAAAUGAUGGUUUAGUUUUAUUUAAAGGUGAACAGGAGGAAGAAGCUCAGAUGAGUCUGUCAGCAGAAAUCUUUACAAAUUACAAAUAUAAUAAUGUUUGGAUUGAACUCAUCCAUAAUGAUUAAAAUGUUUCUAAUCAUAAACGUGAUUGUCAAGUAUAGCACAUAAAUGUAUCAAAAGAUAUAAAAUGAGCUAAGCUGAUCGUAGAGACCAUUGGUGGCAGUAGUUAUAUGAAGGCGGUAAGGAUCUCAAACUGAAGUCUUCUGUAUGAAGCAGUUGUUGAAGAUGGGAGUUUUGAGGCUUCAGUCGCUGAUCUUUAUAAGGAUUCAUCAGUGAGAAAACAGAAACAAUAACUUAAUGUACUGUAAAAAGAAAGAAACUUUAGUUCACUGUUGUAAAACUGUUAAGGCUAAGCACUUUGAAUUUGAACUUCAUAUUCUUACUGAUCAUACUCACUGGAGAAGCAUUGUGGCUGUGGAAUACCCAUAAUCCCUUGCUCUUUGAUAAUUUAGUGUUUGGUCAAAGCAAAGAUCUGUAAAUAACUGGAUGUUGAAUUAACAUCUUUGAGCUUUGUUGUGAUUUGUGAUAAGUGUGUUGUUGUUGUUGUUGUUGUUGUUGUUGUUUUUGUUCUUUGUAAAAUUGUUCAUAAUGCUGAACUAUAUUUUUUAAAUUUUCAUUAAACAGAUGAUUGACUGUU